AUGUCAAACGAUAAACAAAGUAAUCUACUUGAACAAAUUCGUAAAACAACGACGGUAGUAGCUGAUAGCGGUGACUUUGAAACAUUAAAAAAAUAUAAACCGACCGAUGCUACAACAAAUCCGUCGUUAAUUUUACAAGCAGCUGGUAUGUCACAAUAUGAUCAUUUUAUUGAUGAAGCAAUCAAAAUGUGUAAAGAAAAACAAGAUAAAGCACAAGAUACAAAUUUGAAUAAUGAUCAAUCCUUAAUUGAUGAUAUUAUGGAUCAUUUAUUCGUUGUGUUUGGUCGUGAAAUAUUAAAAGUGGUACCAGGACGAGUAUCAACUGAAGUAGAUGCACGUUUAUCAUUUAAUAAACAAGGACAAAUAAAUAAAGCUCGACAUUUAAUUGCAUUAUAUGAUAAAAUGGGCAUAGAUAAACAACGAAUAUUAAUCAAAUUAUCAUCAACAUGGGAAGGUAUACAAGCAGCCAAUGAAUUAGAAAAACAGCAUGGUAUUCAUUGUAAUAUGACAUUGAUAUUUUCAUUUGCACAAGCAUUAGCUUGUGCUGAUGCGAAUGUUACAUUAAUAUCACCAUUUGUUGGUCGUAUUUAUGAUUGGUAUAUUGAGAAACAAGGUAAAAAAGAAUAUGAUAUUGAAGACGAUCCUGGAGUUCAAAGUGUGACAAAAAUUUACAAUUAUUAUAAAAAACAUGAUAUUAAAACAGUUGUUAUGGGUGCAUCAUUUCGUAACAUUAAACAAAUAAUUGGUUUAAAUGGAUGUGAUCUGCUAACAAUAAGUCCAAAAUUAUUAGACGAAAUGGAAAAAUCGACGGAUCAAAUUAAACUUUAUUUAAAUAAAGAUCAGGCUAAACAAAUGAACGAUAUUGAACAUGUGAACAAAUUAGAUGAAAUAAGAUUUCGUUGGAUGAUGAAUGAGGAUGAAAUGGCCAGUGAUAAAUUAGCCGAUGGUAUUCGAAAAUUUGCAGCUGAUGCUAAAAAAUUAGAAGAUCUAAUUCGAAAACGUUUGGAAAAAUAA